UCGCGUUAAUCGUAAAAUGAUUUGGUGAAAAUGUGGCUGCGCUUCGUCGGCUUCGCUUUCUUCUGUGCGGUGCAGGCUGAGAUCAGGAGUAGCUUGAUCUUUAAUAAGCUACUAAACGUAAAACCAGUAGGAGCUCAAAUUGCCAAGAGUUUCGUACCCCUCACGGAGUUGCCUCCACCUCGCAUCCACCAUGGAUCUGGGAGACGACAUCUUGAAGACGAAUGCAGUAAAGCACCACAGUGGAAGGAAGUUAACGAAGGCGGGAAAGUAGACAUACUUGGAGAUUACUAUGACGAUAGAGUUGCUAAAACCGUCGCUACUGUUAUAAUACCGGAUCAUAUAGAUUAUAAGCAUUUCCAAGUGACGACCCCAGUACCGUACCUCACAGUGGGUCCCAUAGAAGCCAUAGGUUACCAUCCUAGUACCAUAAAAUCAGACCAUCCGAGCGAGUGUGAGAAGAUCUACCAGGACCACAUAGCUGACCAGUAUUCAGAUGAGACCACAGACUAUUCAGAAGAAUCCCUGGAAAUGGCCAGAAUGCCGCUCUUCCCGACGAACGUUCGAGAAUCUAUUGAGGAACGAUUUGCUCAUAUGUACGAUGACAUGCGAUAGUUUUAUGUGGGUGUAAUAAAUUUUGAUACUUUUUUACUUAA